AUGCCAAAAUCACCAACCAUCUAUCGAAGAAAAUACGGCCCUCCCCCUUCCCCAAUACAAAUCAUCAUCGGCGCGCACCGCAGCGGCCUCACCCCCAUAACCGCAUACAACCUUACCCAUCCACCCGCAAACGCAUCACGUGAAGAAAGAAUCGCAUAUCAACAAUCUCGAUUGCACGGGUACACGAGGCAAAUUCUUGUCGAUUUGGAUGUUGUCUCGUUGAAAGCUUUAGAGAUACCGAUUCAUUGUAAUCCGAUUGAUCCGGCGUUACAAAGGAGUCGAUGGCUUGAUUAUCGAGAAGAUGAUUUUAAGAUUCCGAUGAGUAGGGUUGAGGAGGAGGGUAUCGCGUGGACGGCAAAGAAUCCCAUUGUUUGGAAAUAUCUUGAGCCGUGUUUGAGGCUUGCUUCGAGGUUAUUUGGGAGAAUGCAUACGGAUUCUUUUGUAUUGUUACUACUUGGAACCCCUAAGACAAUCCCAAUUGAGGAAUUCAAGCCGCAGGAUGUCUUCAAGUAUGGUGGGGGCACCCAGAGACUUUUUAAACGCUUUAAUCUUCUUCCGUAUCAUUCGUUGAAUGCUUGGCGUACAAGACGGGAAUUGGAUCGUAUUGAGAAAUAUGUUCUUUCGCGUCAUUUUAGGCUAGCUUUUGGUGUGGAUGUGCCUGACGGUGAUGCGGUGGAUGAAAGUUCAGUGCUAUCUGCUGCUGAGAGUCAAAAGUCUGUCGGAGACCAUGAUGGUAAUUCAGCGGAUGAAAGUUCACUACUUGGAGGAGUACACCACAAGUCGCUAUACACCGCCAUGUCAGAUGUCCCCGGUUUAGGGAGCAACCUAAGGCCAUGGCCAGAAGCGGAUGCAGCAAGGCACGGGGAAGUACCUCAGCUUGUGUUGCCCUUGGGUCCAUCUUGGUCAUCCCCGCUUCCUAUAUAUAUCCAUGCACAGUUUCGUUCCGACGACUUCUGGACAUUACAUGCUAAAAAAACACUUAUGGAUUGCGCUUGGACGUUUGCAUAUGUUGCGGGCAAAGAUCCAGAACGUGAAGAUCCAGAAGAAGAAAAUCCAGAUAUUGAACGCGAGAAUGAACAUCGAGAUAAAUUGGAUAAAUGGUUCGAUAAACUGAAUGCGGCUCGAAAGCCCCUCACAGAGUCCUUAGAUGCCGCGCUUCAAAAUUUCGAUCUUUGCGUUUAUAGACUUAUCAUCUGGGAAAAGGUUGUUAAAUCUAGCUUGUAUUUUAAAAAAUACCAUGGUUUACAAAGACACCAUCGUGCUGGACUCGAAAGAGAAGAUCCUGGAGUGAGCAGAUAUUACAGUAACUGUACCGAUCAAUUUUGGACUAGUCGGACGAAACUCUCUUUUCAAAAUGAUUAUGCAACUGCUGUUGCAGAAAACGAAGCGCAGAUGCAGAGAAACCAAACUGGGUUGAAUGCGAAAUUCGAAAAAGCUCAAAUGCAUGCGGACAAUUCGGAGUACGCUUUGUGUGAACCACUAUGUGAGAAAUUGCUCUUUGAUGAUCUCGGAGCUACACUGGACCUAUGGAUAAGAGGAGAUGUGUUUUGUUUUCUAUCAAAAUGUAUCCACCUGAAGAAAAAGGAAAGGCUUCGAAAUGCAAGGGAAGCAAGAAGAGCAUAUGAAUGGUUGUUGGCGACCGUUGAAAUGUCAGCUGAAAAUGGGCAAUCGGUACUGGAAAAAAUUGAUGAGAUAUGGAUCAAUAUAGAUGAGCUUGCGUAG